ACAGGGUCUCAGGGCCCCAGGCGGGGCGGGCGGGCACCGAGUCACCAGGCACAACCGUGGGCACUCCCCCCCCCACCCCCCCCACCCUCCCCCUCCGAGUCAACUGGGAUGACCACCGCUGGCACUGGGUCAGACAUUGGAUCGUCUGGCUGGACAGCGGGCACUGGGUCACCAGGCAUCAGGUCAUUUGGCUCGACAGCGGGCACCGCGUCAUCUGGCAAGUGAGCAGUGGGCUCCAGCGAUGUCAACAUGCACGACAGUGAGCACCGGUCAUUUGGCUCGACAGCGGGCACCAGAAUCAGGUACCGGAUCAUCAUCUGGAUCAACAGCGGGCAUCGAGUCAAACUGGCCUAAUAGGAUCGUCAGGCUGGAUCAGUUCAUCAUGCUGGGUAGAGGCAUCAGGCUGAAUGCCGCGUCCGGCCGCCGAGUAGUAGGCUUCAGGCCGAGUAGAGGGCUUCAGGCCGAGUAGAGGCUUCAGGCCAGAGUUAGAGGCUUCAGGCCGAGUAGAGGCAUCAGGCCGAGUAGAGGCUUCAGGCCGAGUAGAGGCAUCAGGCCGAGUAGAGGCUUC